AUGUCGGGCAUUGCGCCGUCCACUAGCCGCGCUGAAGAAGUGCAAAACCUUCUGAAAGCAGUCGAAGACCUCCUCAUCCCAUUUAUUCGAUCCGCAGAUGAGAAUCCCAGCGGGUCCUCAAAAAAGAACGGCGCCAACGGACAUACCGGACUGGCAGGAACAUCGCUGGUAGACUAUAAGAAGCCCGAAGAGCUGCGGGACAUCCUCCAGCUAGAUAUCCCAGAGAAAGGCACAGGGCAGGAAGGUCUGAUCGAGACCCUGCAGAAAGUUCUGCAGUACUCGGUCAACACCUGGCACCAAGGCUUCUUGGACAAGCUCUAUGCGUCAACCAAUGCCCCCGGUGUCGCGGCAGAGCUUAUCCUCGCUACCUUGAAUACCAACGUGCACGUCUAUCAAGUCUCGCCUGCGCUGACGGUGAUCGAGAAGUUCACCGGUCAGCGGUUGGCGAACCUCUUUGGAUUAAACGGACCCCGGGCUGGAGGUAUUUCAGUCCAGGGAGGCUCAGCAUCAAACACUACAUCUGUAGUCAUUGCGCGCAACAACCUCUAUCCCAGUACAAAGACGGACGGUAAUGGCGAUUACAAGUUCGUGCUCUUCACCAGCGCGCAUGGCCACUACAGUGUAGAAAAGGCAGCACAGAUGCUCGGAUUCGGUAGCAGUGCUGUGUGGCCCGUUCCCAUCGACAGUGAAGGUCGCAUGAUUCCAGCUGAAUUGGAAAAGCUGGCGCAGAAGGCUCAAAGCGAGGGCCGUACACCAUUCUAUGUCAAUGCUACUGCAGGUACAACAGUCUUGGGCUCUUUCGACCCUUUCAACGAGAUUGCUGCCAUCUGUCAGAAGUAUAACAUGUGGUUCCAUAUUGACGGGUCAUGGGGCGGUUCGUUUGUCUUCUCUGAGCGACAGAAGUAUAAGCUGGCCGGCGCAGAGAAGGCGAACAGUAUCGCCAUUAACCCGCAUAAGAUGCUCGGCGUCCCUGUGACAUGCUCGUUCCUGCUGGCAUCAGACAUGCGCCAAUUUCACAAGGCAAACACCCUACCUGCUGGGUAUCUAUUCCACAACGAAGACACCGCAAAUUGCGAUGGAGAGUCAGAAUUGGAAAUUGAGUCACCGGAAGUGUGGGAUCUAGCAGAUCUCACCCUCCAAUGUGGCCGCCGUGCAGACUCACUGAAGCUAUUCAUGGGCUGGACAUACUACGGUAGCAAGGGUUACGAGCAGCAGAUCGACACGGCAUGCGACGUUGCCGUACACUUGGCUAACACCAUUGACCAACAUCCCGAUUUCACUCUUAUCAGUGAAAACCCCCCGCCUUGUCUACAGGUUUGCUUUUACUACACUCCUGGCAAGGAAUUCGUCUACCCGCGUGGCAUUGUCUCGAAUGAAGCUCAGCGCGCGAAGAACAAUAGUAAGGUCACUGAGCAGGUGACACAUGCUAUUGUUCCCAAGGGAUUCAUGGUGGACUUUGCGCCUCCCAGCGGUGACGAGGAUGCUGUUGGCAAUGGAAAGUUCUUCCGUUGUGUGGUCAAUGUCCAGACAACCACCGAGACCGUCAAUUCACUUGUUCACGCCAUUGUAGAAGUUGGUCCUGGUAUUGUUGGGGAAUUGAAGGCCAGCAACUCCGCCGUUCCGCGAAAGCGACCUGGUGAACAUGGACAUGGGCCUGUGGUUCAUCGCUGA